ACAGCGGCUCGCUGCCGUCAGUGAGUUUUUCCCAUUAUGGCGGAGGGGCCAGCCGCACGGAUGGACUGUCUCUCCCACUCUGAGGCUUGUUUUGUGUCUUGAGGGAGGGCGUUUUAUAUUUGUAAUUUUUCUACACUUUACCUUCCUCUUUGACUGCACUGCACUCUGUGUGUUUAUCGGCGGAGUGAUGGCGGACCGCAGCGUGGAUGUGUCCGCCCUGCCGAAAGAGGCUCGGGACCAGCUGGCGGAGUUGGACCUGGAGCUGUCUGAAGGCGACAUCACACAGAAGGGAUAUGAGAAGAAGAAAUCCAAGCUGAUGGCCUCCUACAUCCCACACAUGCCAAAUGUGGAUCUGUCUCUGCCAGAUGUACAGCUUACCCCAGGCCACAGUGCUGACCCCAGCCCCAGCCCCGAGGCCCCGGGCCCCUCCACAUCUUCAGCCGCCAGACACCACCGUGCACACCGCAGUGGAGGGGCCAGGGACGACCGCUACAGAUCAGACAUCCACACGGAGGCUGUGCAGGCAGCCCUGGCCAAACACAAGGAGGAGAAGAUGGCGCUACCGAUGCCUACAAAGAGACGCUCAGCCUUUGUCCAGUCUCCCAUAGAGAACUGCACACCUCCAGACACAUCCUCUGCAUCAGAGGAUGAUGGCUCACUGCGCAGAAAGGCAGCUCUCAGUGCAGUGCUCGCCCAGAGCCUGCAGAGCCCCGAUUACUGGAUCAACCGCUCCGUACAAAGCUCCUCCACGUCCUCGUCUGCGUCCUCCACCCUCUCCCAUGGAGAGCCCAAGGCCCAGCCCCAACCCCAGCCCCAGCCCCAACCCCAACCCCAACCCCAGCCCCAGUCCCAGUCCCAGUCCCAGCCCCAGUCCCAGCCCCAACCCCAGCCCCAGUCCCAGUCCCAGCCCCAGUCCCAGUCCCAACCCCAAGCCCAACUUGUUGCUUCCGUGUUGGCCGAUGUGCUGGCCCACACUCGCAUAGAAAACAGCGUCCCCCCAGAUGUGACAUCCUCGACUCCCCAGGAGAGAGGGUCCAGGGUGGACCUGCCUCCAGCCGUCAGAGGCAUGAGUCGCGGACAGAGCCGCUCCAGCAUGAUGGAUACUGCCGACGAAAAAAGAAAAGGCGUGCCUGUCAACAGCAGAGUGUCCACUAAGAUCCAGCAGCUGUUGAACACACUCAAACGGCCGAAGAGACCACCACUCAGCGAAUUCUUCCUCGAUGACUCUGAGGAAAUUGUAGAAGUGCCCCAGCCGGACCCCAACACCCCGAAGCCAGAGGGACGCCAAAUCAUCCCGGUGAAAGGGGAGCCCCUCGGAGUCGUCAGUAACUGGCCCCCCGCCCUGCAGGCUGCCCUGGCUCGCUGGGGGGCCACGCAGGCCAAGAGCCCCGCUCUCACUGCUCUGGACGUCACCGGCAAACCGCUCUACACUGUCACAUACGGAAAACUAUGGAGUCGCAGUCUGAAGCUGGCCUAUACACUGCUGAAUAAACUGGGCACCAAGACAGAACCUGUCCUACAACCUGGAGAUCGGGUAGCCCUGGUGUAUCCCAACAGCGACCCUGGUAUGUUCUGGGUGGCUUUCUAUGGCUGCUUGUUAGCCGAGGUCAUCCCUGUGCCCAUUGAGGUCCCACUGUCACGACAGGACGCAGGCAGCCAGCAGAUCGGCUUCCUGCUGGGCAGCUGUGGGGUCAGUCUGGCUCUGACCAGCGAGGUGUGCCUCAAAGGGCUGCCCAAGUCUCCAAACGGAGAGAUCAUCCAGUUCAAAGGAUGGCCAAGGAUGAAAUGGGUAGUGACGGACACAAAGUAUCUGACCAAACCAUCCAAAGACUGGCAGCCUCACAUCCCCACUGCCAACACCGACACUGCCUACAUAGAGUACAAAGCAAGUAAGGAGGGGACAGUGAUGGGAGUUGCUGUGUCUAAGAUCUCCAUGCUGACCCACUGUCAGGCUCUGACGCAGGCCUGUAACUACUGUGAAGGGGAGACACUGGUCAAUGUGUUGGACUGUAAGAAGGAUAUGGGCAUGUGGCAUGGCGUCUUAACGAGUGUCAUGAACAGAAUCCACACCAUCACAGUGCCAUAUGCUGUCAUGAAAGCAUGUCCCAUGUCCUGGGUGCAGAGGGUCCACCUUCACAAAGCACGUAUUGCCUUGGUGAAAUGCCGUGACCUCCACUGGGCCAUGAUGGCCCACAAGGACCAGAGGGACACCAACCUGUCCUCCAUACGUAUGCUUAUUGUGGCUGAUGGAGCGAACCCAUGGUCCGUGUCGUCGUGUGACGCCUUCCUGAAUGUGUUCCAGUCUCAUGGUCUGAAGCCAGAGGCAAUCUGUCCAUGUGCCACGUCUCCUGAGGCCCUGACGGUGGCCAUCCGCAGGCCCGGUGCGCGAGGCGCUCCGCUGCCAGCCAGGGCCAUCCUGUCCAUGGGCGGGCUGAGCCACGGGGUGAUCAGAGUGAACACAGAGGACAAGAACUCGGCUCUCACUGUGCAGGAUGUGGGACACAUCAUGCCUGGAGCUCUGAUGUGCAUUGUGAAACCGGACGGACCUCCUCAGCUGUGCAAGACAGAUGAAAUAGGAGAAAUCGUGAUCAACUCUCGGGCCGGAGGCACCAUGUACUACGGUCUGCCUGGGGUCACCAAGAACACAUUCGAGGUGAUCCCCGUCAACCAAGCCGGAGCACCCAUAGGAGAAAUACCUUUCACUCGGACCGGUCUGCUUGGAUUUGUUGGACCUGGCAGUCUGGUGUUUGUUGUGGGGAAGUUUGAGGGGCUGCUGAUGGUGAGCGGGCGACGCCACAACGCCGACGACCUGGUGGCCACCGCGCUGGCAGUGGAGCCGGUCAAAACUGUUUACAGGGGGAGGAUCGCUGUGUUCUCUGUGACCGUGUUCUAUGAUGAGAGGAUAGUGAUUGUGGCAGAGCAGAGGCCGGACGCUAGUGAGGAAGACAGCUUCCAGUGGAUGAGUCGAGUCCUGCAGGCCAUCGACAGCAUCCACCAGGUGGGCCUGUACUGCCUGGCGCUCGUCCCGGCCAACACCCUCCCAAAGACGCCCCUCGGAGGCAUCCACAUCUGUGAAACCAAGCAGAACUUCCUGGAGGGAAACCUGCACCCCUGCAACAUCCUGCUGUGCCCUCACACCUGCGUGACCAACAUGCCCAAGCCCCGGCAGAAACAGCCAGUGGACGUCGGCCCGGCUUCCAUGCUGGUCGGUAACUUGGUGGCAGGGAAGCGGAUCGCCCAGGCAACCGGCAGAGAGCUGGGCGUGGUGGAGGACCAGGACCUGAUCCGAAAGCACCAGUUCCUGUCUGAUGCUCUGCAAUGGAGGGCUCAAACCGACCCAGACCAUGUCCUGUAUGUGCUGCUCAAUGCAAAGGGGGUGGCGGUGUGCACAGCCACUUGUGCUCAGCUGCACAAGAGAGCAGAGAAAAUAACAGCUACCCUAAUGGAGAGAGGCGGCCUCAACACAGGAGACAAUGUGGUGCUGCUUUAUCCCCCAGGUAUUGACCUGAUAGCUGCCUUCUACGGCUGCCUCUAUGCGGGGGUCAUCCCUGUGACGGUGAGGCCGCCUCACCCACAGAACCUGGCUGCUACCCUCCCCACUGUGCGCAUGAUCAUCGACGUGAGCAAAGCAGCCUGCAUCCUCACCACUCAGCCUCUCAUGAGGAUCCUCAGGUCCAGGGAGGCUGCUGCCAGCGUCAACGUCAAGACGUGGCCCACUAUCAUCGAUACAGAUGAUCUCCCCAGAAAGCGGCCUCCACACAUUUAUAAACCCCCCACAGCCGAGAUGCUGGCCUACCUGGACUUCAGUGUGUCCACCACAGGCAUGUUGACUGGAGUCAAGAUGUCUCACGCUGCAGUCAGCACUCUGUGUCGCUCCAUCAAGCUGCAGUGUGAGCUCUACUCCUCACGCCAAAUAGCCAUCUGCCUCGACCCGUACUGUGGCCUGGGCUUCGUCCUGUGGUGCCUCUCCAGUGUUUACUCAGGUCACCAGUCCAUCCUUAUCCCCCCCCUGGAGCUGGAGAGCUCGCUGCCUCUGUGGCUGAGCACGCUGAGUCAGUACAAGAUCAGAGACACGUUCUGCUCCUACUCCGUCAUGGAGCUCUGCACCAAAGGCCUGGGCACGCAGACAGAGAUGCUGAAGGCGCGGGGUCUGAAUCUGUCGUGCGUGCGGAGCUGUGUGGUGAUCGCAGAGGAGCGUCCUCGCCUUGCUCUCACGCAGUCCUUCUCCAAGCUCUUCAAAGAUCUCGGCCUGUCGCCGCGCGCCGUCAGCACCGCCUUCGGCUCCAGGGUCAACCUCGCCAUCUGCCUGCAGGGCACUGCUGGACCAGACCCCUCCACCGUGUAUGUGGACAUGAAGUCUCUGCGCCACGACAGGGUGAGGCUGGUGGAGCGAGGAGCGCCACAGAGUCUUCCUCUCAUGGAGUCAGGCACUAUGCUUCCAGGAGUGAGGGUCAUCAUAGUGAACCCGGAGACCAGAGGCCCGCUGGGAGAUUCACAUCUCGGAGAGAUCUGGGUGAGCAGCACUCACAGUGCCAGUGGCUACUACACCAUCUACGGGGAGGAGAGCCUGCAGGCGGAUCACUUCAACACCAAACUCACCUUCGGGGAGCCCCACACCCUGUGGGCCAGGACGGGGUACCUGGGCUUCAUCAAGAGGACGGAGCUGCUGGACGCCAGCGGAGAUCGUCAUGAUGCCUUGUUCGUGGUGGGCUCUCUUGAUGAAACGCUGGAGUUGAGGGGGCUGCGCUAUCACCCGAUCGACAUCGAGACGUCUGUCUCACGAGCCCACCGCUGCAUCGCAGAAAGCGCUGUGUUUACGUGGACCAACCUGCUGGUGGUGGUGGCGGAGCUGAGCGGCUCGGAGCAGGAGGCCUUGGACCUGGUGCCCCUGGUCACCAACGUGGUCCUGGAGGAGCACCACCUCAUCGUGGGUGUGGUGGUCAUCGUGGACCCCGGGGUGAUCCCCAUCAACUCCAGGGGGGAGAAGCAGAGGAUGCACCUGCGAGACUCCUUCCUGGCCGACCAACUGGACCCUAUCUACGUGGCCUACAACAUGUGAUUCACCAACCGAUGGAAAUGUAGAAAAACUGAGCCGGGCUCUGAGAACAGACGUGAGGGAGGAGGACUGGGGGGGUGCGUUCAGUAGCAGCCCCCAUUUUAAAGCUCACACACACAUUCAAAACACCAAACAAUGUGGGAAUGCAAAUACAGCUCGAGUACUGUCAGCAGAACGUGCUUCCCUCUCAGAAACUGAAAUUGAUCUUCAUCCCACUUCACGCAAAAUCAUGUUUUUUAAAGACAUUUUAAUUACACGCUUUCAUCCAAGAGGCAAAUCCUCCCCUCCUUCCAUUCCUUGGUUUUUAUCCUGAUCCAUUUAUCAUCGUGUGCUUCUCUUGUUUUUUUUAACCCCUCGAUUCUUGAGGGCAGGAACUGCUGAGAGGAGCUGGAACUUUCCCCCUCUUGCACUUUAAGUCCUCGCGCCUCUGAGUCCACUUCCUGUCUCACCUGCCUCAAGAGACACCUCCCCCCCAUGUUUUCUGCUUUCAUGAGAGCAAAUCCGCAUCAGUAUUAAAAAGUACCACCAGAUGCCCCGUGGCUCUCACCGCCCAUCACAUACUGGGUUUUUUAGCAGACAUGCUGCCGGCAUUCACACGUUACAAAAUGUCCUAAAAAAAUACACUUGAAUUGUUUGUUGGUGUGGGAAAAGAAAGACGUUCUUCUUAGACGUACAAACCUCGAUAUUAGGGGCAAUCUUCGACGGGCAGAAAACAAAAGGAUUCACUUUUGGUGCAAGUCGGUCCGUUCGAUAGUUCUGAUGAUUGUGAAGUGCUUAUGCAUUUUUUUUUAAAGCAACACUUUUCUAAAGAAGAGCUUAAGUGUGCAUGCUUAUUUGAAAUGCAAUCAAUGUUAACAUGCAGGUUAACAAAACAACUGUUAGCUGUGGACUCUGUUGGUCAGUCCUCAUUAGAGUGUAAUAUAAUAGAAAGCUCCAGAACAAAGUGGACCUUAAGUAGAGAUUUUCUUCCGGUCAACAGGAUAACAGCAGUUUGCGGGCCAUAAUAGAGCCGCUAGCUUGCAGUCGGUGUGUAGUUUCCCAUGAUAGAGCAAGGAGCAUCCUUCACCACAUGUUAGCGUUACAGCCGGUUACACUCAUGUAGAUCUUCAGAAGGCAAGUCAGUGCCUUUUACUGCACCAUGGUGAUAUUCACAGUAUGAUUACAAACAGUCUAAAAAAGAAAAUAUCAGAACUUUGCCUUACUAAACCUGUGGAACUUCAGUACUUUUUUAUGUUGAAUCCCUCAUUUCUAGCAGUGCUAUUAGUGUAUUUAAAGGACUAUUCCAACUUUUUCACAUGUGGAAUCUGAUGGCAGUUUAUAACUCAUAUCAUUUUUCUUUUUAGAGGAAGGGGGAGGGGCGGUUUCUUGUUCUUUUUGCUAAGACGUUUGCGGUCAUGCCUUUCUCAUUUCAUAUCAUGAUCAUUGAAACCAAUUCUGAAUGUCUGUAACACUGAACAAAACGAAUUAGGAAUGAACAACAAUCAGUAAGCAAACCGUGAUUUAAAAAAAGAAAAAAAUGGCAGAACCCUCCUUUAUAAAAAAAAUUCCAAAUGGAGGCAAUAAAUGAGGGUAAGGAUGUUGUCUGUAUACUGUAUUUUAGAGGUCAAAUAUUACUGGUGUUAAUGUGUACAUGGAUAUGAACGUUGUCGAAAAUACUUGACUGAUCUUUCAUACUUGACAGCAUUUUUCUGCAUUGUUAAUUUAAAGGUUUCACAUUGCAAGAGAAGAAAAGGUUUCAGAUUACUUUGGCAGGAACAAUGUGCACUUUCCCAUUAUCAUUUGAAUGUGUGUGUGCGUGCAUGAGAGAAUGUGUGUGUGUGUGUGUUUCCGGCUUACUCAGUGAUAUUUGGCUUAUCUGGUGCAACAAGUUUUGUUUUUUGUAACAAGAAUAUUGAACAUUUCCUUUUUCUUUUCUUUUACGUCGCCACCACUGUAUUGUUUUUCUUUCCAAUCAAGAUUGGAAUCGGAUAUAGUUUUUAGCAGUUUCUUCAAUAUUUUACUGAUUUUUUAUUUUUUACUCUCUCUAAUACUUUAAAACGGCACAUCUUCUGCAAACAGCUGGUUUGAUUUUGAAGCAGCUUGGCAUUCAGCACAAAACAUGAACCACUUUUCAUUCAGUGACGGACACUGAGGACUUGUAUGUGUGGCACGUUAGAAUAACUCAUAAAUAACAAAGUGAAGCUUCUGAGCUGCUGUGUGAAAAUUGCUUUGUUGCUACUGUUUAACUCCGACAAGUUUUAAUAAAGUUUUAUAAUGUCAUGUUGGCCUUCAAGCCUUUUCAAUAGACAUUGGUGCUAUUCAAUAAGGGAAGGUUGACAGGCUUCUGUCCUCCAAUGUCGUAACAAACAAGGUCUCUUCCUGGAUGCCCUUUAUGUGUGAAAAUCAGUCAUUCUUUUUCCAUGCCAACAUCUCACUCUAUUGUUCAUCAUCACCAGUUUUCGUUGAGAUCUGAUGAAAAUGUUCUCAACAGGCAACAACUCAACACGAACAAUGCAACCUGACAUAUCCACCGUUUCCAUUUUAAUAUUUAUUUCAGUUUUCAAGGUGUCGUGUUGUGAAGAAUAGCGUUUCAUUUCAAACCUCCAAAGUUAUUCUAAGCACAAAUGUACAUGUGAGGUAAUGAAAUUAGAAUCUUUCACACAAAAGAAAACUCAAGGGCCCACAAUGUAUACCUCAGCGACUGUCUGUUCACUAUGCAUCGUCGAGCUGCAGCAGAGACAUUCUCAACUAGUCAAUGGUGCGAUAACUUCUAACAACAUGUCUUACUUGACAAAAAACACUGUCACACUGUCAUUGGAUGUGUUUCAUGUCAAAUAAAAAAAAUCCUUUGUCAGAA